UUUAGCACCUAUGUUCAUCAGCGAAUACCAGGGCCUGGUGAAACACACAGGAGGCUGCCACUGUGGAGCCGUUCGCUUUGAAGUCUGGGCCUCGGCGGACUUGCACAUCUUCGACUGCAACUGCAGUGUUUGCAAGAAGAAGCAGAACAGACACUUCAUUGUUCCUGCUUCUCGCUUCAAGCUCCUGAAGGGAGCGGAGAGCAUCACCACGUACACGUUCAACACUCACAAGGCGCAGCAUACCUUCUGCAAGAGAUGUGGGGUCCAGAGUUUCUACACCCCCCGCUCCAACCCCGGGGGCUUUGGAAUCGCCCCACACUGUCUGGAUGAGGGCACUGUGCGGAGUAUGGUCAUCGAGGAAUUCAAUGGCAGCGAUUGGGAGAAAGCCAUGAAGGAGCACAAGACCAUCAAGAACAUGUCUAAAGAGUGAGCGCCCGCUCUCUCCCUUUCUGGAAAGGAGGAACGAUGGGGCCAGCAGCGUGGCUGCCCCCCUCUGCACUUGGUGGUGCCGGCGAGCGUGGCUGCCCCAGGCUGCCGGGCUCAGGCCGGCCACCAGCUCCAGCUCUGCCCUUGACUCCAGCUACAUUUCCUUAGGCAGCUCUUUGUCCUCCAUCAGCCUGGACUUCGAUGUAGACUAGUUGACAUCCUCUUUCUCUUCCCAACUUUUGUGUGAUCUUUUAGAAAAAUAAAUAUUUUAAUAUUAAAGCA